CGAUAACUAGAGAUGUUGUGUCUAAAAGCACACCUGCAAAACACUCACAAUUAGAACCUAAGGACAAGGCAUUUGAUGCAAAUGUGAGGAGUAAACCAAUAGUUGUGAAAAGCAAAUCGCCAGAUGCUACAGUUGAAUCAAACAUAACGUCAGCUUUAAAAAAUCCUGUCAGAAAGGAUGGUGAAAAGUCAGUAGAUGAUAGCACUAAGUGGAAACAGCCUGUGCAAGUUCAGGAACCUACUAAAAAGACUAAAGCUACACCAAGCCAGAAGGCAACAAAGGCUAAGCUCAUGGACACUGAAUCAGUAUCCAGUGCAACAGAAUCUGAAUUAAAGCAGAACCUUGUGAAGGGGGUAGCCUCGUUUAUUCAAGACAUGGGACCAGAGAGUCCAGUGCGCCUGCUGAAAGAGGUGACCACUAGGCAGUUCCAGUCCAAAGGAACAGCUAGCAACACUUCAUUGUCCCCAACAGAAACACAUUCAGGUAGGCCAAGUCCAAAAGUACCUGCUGACAGAAAUGACAGGACUCUUUCAGAUGCCUCCUCCAUUACUUUUGAGGCUUCAGAUGCUCCAGAAGAGCGUCCAGGCAAAAGAACAGCAGUUACCAUUAACGUAUUGCCUGAAACUCCACCUUCAGGUGAGGAAACAGAAGAAGACCUAAAAAGACCUCAGUCUGGGUCUGAGGACCAGCAAUCUGAGGAGGAGAAAAGUACAGAUAGUCAAGAUAGCGGGGAACAGGAGGGGGACAGGGAUGAGACUGACCAGAUCACAUCAAAGGAAGAGGAUGAGGAAGAAGAGGAGGAAGCGGGAGAGCAAGAGAGCAGGGAUGUGACAGAAAGUGAGCAAUCAAAGGGGGAAAGAGGAUUGAUGAAAGGAAAUGAGGAAAGCAGCAGUGUGGAAGAUGAUGAGGAAGAAAGUAAGACCAUUGGGGGUUCAAGUAGUAAUGAUGAUGAAGAACAGGAGGAAGAGGAGGAGCAGGACAAGGACACAACGACAGGAGUGUCAAGCAAAGAGGAGGAAAGUGAGGUAGAAGAGGAUGAGAAAGACAGUGAAAAUGAGGCAGAGGAAAGGGAGGAGAGUGAGGCAGAGUCAGAUGAGGUAAGCAGCAGUGUAGACGAGAAGGGAGAGGAGGAAGACGAAAUGAGUGAGAAGAGUGGAAAAGGGGAAGAGAGUGAGGAUGAAGAGCAAGAGGAGAAAGAAAGCAUAGUGAGUGAGGAUGAGGAAGAACAAGAAAAAGAAAGUGGCACAGAAUCCAGGGAAGAGGCAGAAAGUCAGAGUGAGCAAGAGGAGGGAGAAGAAGAAGAAGAAGAGGAAGAGUCAGAUGAGAAAGAUAGUGAAGAUGAGGAGGAAAGAGCAUCAUUGGAAAAUGAGAGUGAGAUUGAGGAUGCUAGCAGAGAGGGGAGUGAGGUUGAAGAGGAAGGAGAAGAUGAAGAAGAACAAGAAAAGAGUACUUCUGAAGAGGAGGAGGAGGAGAGGAAAGAAGAUAGUGAGACAGCAGAUGAAGAGGAGGAGGAGGAGGAGGGAGAUGAAGGGGAAAGUGGGGAAAGAAGUGCUAGUGAUGAAAGUGAGGAAAGUGGAGCGGGAGAGGAGGAGAGUGGAGAAUCAGAAGGUGAAGGGGAGGAGGAGGAAGAGGAGGAGGAACAAAGUGGCAAAGGGGAGCAAGAGCAAAGUGAAGAAGAUUCAGAAUCAGAGGAGGAGAGUGAAAAAGAAGUUGAGGAAGACGAUGAGAAUGAAGGAGCAGAAGAAGAUAGUGAAGUAGAGGGGGAGGAGCAGGAGGAAGAAGACGAGGGAGUUGAAGAAGAUGAGGAAGAUGCAGGUGCUGAAGAAGAUGAAGAUGAGGAAGUUGAAGGAGCUGAAGAAGAGGGAGCUGAAGAAGAGGGAAUCGAAGAAGAUGAGGAGGAGGGAGCUGAAGAUGAAGAAGAAAAGGAGGAGGAAAGUGGUGAGGAGCAAGAAGAAGAGAAUGAAGCUGAGAAUGAGGAGGAGGAAGAAGAGGAGGACAAGCAGGGUGAAGAGGAGGCAGAAGAUGAAGGAGAACAAGAUGAUGAAGAAGCAGAAGAAGAGGAGAAUGAAGAAGAAGAAGAACCACCUAAGAAAGUACCUAAAUCAAGGCAAAAUAUCAAGAAAACAAAACAGUCAGGCAAGCCAGAACGGGGCUCUUCUAGACGAAGCCAGUCAAACUCUGAUUCCCAGGAGCCUCAGCAGUUCUGGGAUGAUGUUCUACCUCAAUACCUCAAUUUAAAAUAAUCCACAAUCUAAACCCCAAACAGUUUCAUUUGCGGAGUUGCCAGUGAGUUUUAUUUGUUUAGUAUUGCAUGUGUAUACGCUGACAUGCCAAACAUCAUGGAACAGGAGCUAGUAAAGUAGUAAAGCAGUAAAGUGCUUACACCUCACUAACAGUCUACUUUUACACCUAGCGUCUACGUUGUGUACGUCGCAAAGGAGCUUACAAAUAUAUGUAUGUUGAUUGGGCGUCGUGGUCUGGGAGUAAAUUAUGUUAAGGUACAUUUUAGGCGUAUUGCUAUCUUGGCAAUGGAAAACUCAGAGGGGCCACUGACUGAUUUAAACCCUGACAACAGUCAGACGUUCAUUGCUAUCUUGGCAAUGCAGGUGAGCUGUGUUGGCUAAACGCGCAUACACUCCUGUUCAUUAACAAUAAACAGAAUAGAAAAUAAAAUAACAUUCCCAAAAUGUUCCCAAAAAAUGACCUGCUCACACACCUUCAGAGCGUGAACAAGAAGGUCCAUUUUCUCUGCUGAAAAGCACAGAGGUGCUGCACCAUUCAAAUAGUAAAGCGCCAAAGUCAGAGCGCACCCUCAGUCUUCCAGGGAAUAGCAU